GUGUGUUGUUUACUGUGUAGAAUUAGUGACUGUUUUAGCAAAAUUCCACGAUUGUAUUGAUCUUCAGUUUAACAUUGCUUCUGCUGUUAUUUGAAAUGGCAAGGCGUUUGUGAGUGACCGAGUAGUUUUUACUGACAUUAUGGAUGUUGUUACUAGUUUGAGCCUUUUGGAACUUGACAAAGUUGAUUCGAGCUGGGCGGAGACAGUCUGGAGCGAUGAGUUUUGUGGUGUUGAAGAUCUACCUAUUGAAUACCAGAUGCAUCUUGUUGAUGCUGAUACGGAAAUUAUUAUGGAGACAGCCAUAAGAGCAGUGAAAGAGGAUUUGCAGAAUGCAUCACGUAGAACUUCUGCAAAUCCAAUAGCAAGCACAUCCCGUGAUAAUCCGAGACAACAAGACGAUUCCAUAAGUUGGGAGCAUCUGAUAGCGAAUAACAUAAACCACAAAGAGCUGCUAGCUAUUUUGUGUUAUUUUGUACACAAUGGUCAAGACUUUUCGAAAGAUCUCACCUUGACAAAGCUGUGCCUGAAGUCUGCUAGGCUGUACUUUGCAUUGCUUGCUAUCCCCGGUAGUAGUGCUUUUCUUAUUUAUCAUCCAAAUCUAUACAGAAAAGCUUUAGAUGUGCUUGAUAUUGCGCGAAAGCUUAUGAAAUCUAACAAAAACAAGCAACGCCCGAAAAAUAGAGGAAGGCAGAAGAAUGCUAGGAGUAAGAAGCAAGGGGAUUCUGAUGAAGAUGAUGAUGAUGACAUGGAUAGUGGUACCCUUCCUGCAGAAGACGUGAAUGUAUUGAUUAGUGAAUUGAAUUUAGUGCUUCUGGAUUUGAUAGUGUUUUCCGAAAGAUUUUCACUAAAAAUGGAUGAUGCGCUAUUGCAAACAAUAUUGCAUUUAAUUGAAGUAACUAAAUUGGAAGUGUUUCCGAGGAAUGAUUUUUCUUCGGUAUCGAAACAAAUGACAAUAGUUUCACUGGUAGGCAAUGCUUUUGUAGCUUUAUAUUCCCUGUGUACUCCAAACCAUGGCAAAAUUGACGUGACAGUAAAAUUGAUAAUGGAGAAUCUUUUGCCAUGUGUAUUAAUGACAGAUAGUUCCAGAGAUGGUCCAAACACUCUGAGACAAACGAUUUCGUUUAUACAGUAUAUGUUAAAAGCACUACCAGAAGGUACUUGUGAAGGUAUCUACAUUCUUGUACAGCAUCUAUGUGCACAUAUCACAGACCGAGCAGAGUUUCGACAGAAAGGAUCCCAAAGUGUUGUUGAGAUACUCCGCUUUAUGCCAAUUGAUUUAUACACAAGAUUUGUGAAGUGGUUUUUUAAAUUUGCACAUGCAUCAAAAGCUUCUCAUCGAUUAUUCGCACUUGAUGUUAUCUCAAAACUGUUGCAAGAAAGGGAGAGAACAGAACUGACACAAAGUUUUAUUCAUUGUUCAUCACAGAACAGUUCGACAAAUAUUUCCUUAAAUUUACAGAAUAUGAGUAGUGGUAUUAACAUGGAAGUGAAUUGCCCUAGUGAAAAUGUGUCAGUCAUAGACUCAAACAGUGUGAACCAGUGCGAGUCAUCUGUUCAGAACUGCAGUGAUCCUUCUCUUCAAAGUGUAGAUGCUUCCUUGCAAAUUGGUGUUAAUGUGAAUGCAGAUAGCACGCAGAACUCAGAUAUUGUGGAUGAAAAUGUAUCACUGAAUGCAAAUAAAUCGCCGUCUGUGUCUCAUAAAUAUGUCCUGGGCACUGUUUUUUCAAGAUGCCAGGAUUUAUCGGGAACAGUACGGACCAAGGCGCUUUCUGUUUUAGCAGAUUGUAUUAAUUCAAACAACAGUGAUAUUCAAAAGAUAAUGCAAGCUGUUUUUGUUUUGCCUUAUGAGAAUGUCCCUGAAAUCUCCUGUGUAAUAACUGCUGAGAACAGUCUCCUGAACCACAAAAAAUUUAUGAAAUUUAUAGAAGGUGAUUCAACCACAGACUUUAAUCCAAUUCCAAAAGCAGAAGCUGUCUUAAGUGAAAUGUUUCAAAGGGCAGCAGAAGAUAAAGUAUUUGUACGCAAAGCAGCAUUCCAAGUUAUGGACAGCAUCAUGAAACUUAACCGUCAGUGGGUGCUAAAUGACAUUUUGCAGCUGAUGGGUGGACAUUGUUUAGAUCCAGCUGUUCUCAUUAGAAAACACAUGGUUCAGAGUCUUUCAGAGUUAUUGUGCUACUAUCCUGACCAUGAAGGUCUUCAGGCUGUUGUUGUGGAAUCUGUAUUGCCAAGAAUCUCUGACCCAGAAACCAAGGUUCAGGAAAAGGUUUUUGAGGCAUUCCACAGAAUAAUAGUUUGUAAUAUUGUACCAUUCGAAAAAGAAUAUACAGAUUCACACAAGCUUCCCUGGCAGAUUAUUAAACGUGUUCUUGAUAAAAGCAUGAAAAGACUUUUGUCUAAGACAUGUUCGUUCUGGUGCAAAAACAAUAUGAUCAGUACUGGAGUUGUGAACGCAAUGCAUACACACAUUGGGACCCCCAAUGAAUGUCCUGUGUGGCUGCUUCUCAGUUGUAUUGCAGAGAACAUGCGGAUACCUAAAGUACAGUUUGUUUUGGAUUACUUCCUAGAGAAUUUUCGUGAUUACAAGGAGAAGGAAUAUGAAUUGUUGUCAGCAUUGGAGGUACUGUUUUUCAAUUGGAAAGCAAUUAAAUCAGAAGACCAACAGCGUCUGGGAGCAGAACUUUUGAGAGCUGUGUAUUGUAUGGAGCUACCUAUAUCUCUUAUAAGUCCAGCACUUGAUGUGCUUGCUACAAUUGCAAGAGACCAUGCCAAGUCACCUGAAGAGGCUGACACCACUUGGGCUGCACAAUUCAUUGAGAUGUGUGAGGAUUACAUAAAGGAGCAUCAUCCUGAUACUGGGAAGAUGCCAAAUGUGCCAGAAUUUUCUCGAUAUAUUUUUGCUAUUGGUGAAGCUUCUCAAUACUGUCCUGAAGAAGUUGAGAAAGACACGGAGUACAGACUUGUAAAGCUUUUGUUUCCGAAAAAGCUCCCAGUGCCACUGGAAAAUACUCCACUGCAGGCCAUGGCUGUAAUUACACUUGGUAAGAUGAGCCUUCAAAAUGAUCUGUUUGCCAAGGAUGUAGUAUCCCUUUUGGGGUGUGUGUUACGUGAGACAGAUGAUAUAAUAGUAAAAGUAAAUGUCAUCAAUGUGUUGGCUGAUUUGUGUAUAAGGUAUACUUCAAUGGUUGAGCCUUUAAUCCCGGAUAUUUGUGUGUGUUUGAAAGAUCCUAGAGAAAAAGUGAGGGAAACUGCUCUUGUGCAGUUGAUUCAGCUCUUGCAGCAAGAUUAUUUGAAGCUGAGGGGCAGCUUUUAUUUCAACAUUUUCAGUAUGCUUUGUGAUAAGGACAAAACUAUUGUUGAUUCCAUAAUCUAUUUCAUCACCGAAUCUUUGUUAGUGAAGAACAAGAACAUACUUUACCAAAAUUUUGUUGCUGGGCUCUAUUAUUACAAUAAAUGUGAGACAGAAGAUGUGUUUAUGAGAACAACACAGACGCAGAAAGAAGCCGAGGUUUUCGAUUUAUCUGGUGAAGAUAAUGCUGAAAAGCGCAUGACACUAUAUAAAUUUAUGCUUGAACACAUGACUGAUGAGCAUCGUUUUAAGAUAACCUAUAAAGUUUGUAUGGACAUUCUUGGUGCUGUGGUGAAUGACAAAAUGUCACUGAAUGGUGCUGGUAGACAUGUUUUGAAAGAUUCACUGAUGGUGUUGGCAUGUGACGAGAUCAAAUUGUCCUCAUUGCGGUCUCAAGGAGAGGAAGAACCUGCAGCAGAUGAGUCAGAAGCUGCUGCAGCUGUUCUUACUACUGCAAAGAAGACGAUUAUUUCCCAGUGUGUAAAACGAAAUACAAUUGAAAAUAUUGUACCUGUUGUCAUACAACUGAAGACAAAGCUACAAGCUGCUAUGUCACCACUUGUUUUGGAUCUGAUGUCAUACAUCAAAGAAUUGAUGAGGGACUUUAAGAAUGAGAUUAAAGAAAUUUUUGCUGAUGACAAGACACUGGCUGCAGAAAUAUUGUUUGAUCUGAAGAAGCACGAGGAACAACAAAAACAACUGGAAGCACAAAUUGCUGCAUCUAGGCAGGCCGCAAGUUGCGACACAGUGGUAGAUGGUGAAAUAGAACCUGUACCAAGCACAAGUUCAGGUAACAGUCCCCAGGCAGUAAUAGAGAAACCAGCUGGCAAAGGCGAAGCAGGGACACCAUCAGCGAAAGAGCAAAGCAAGAAUAUGAUCAAUGAAACAGGGAGGAGCAUACAACGUCUCUCCUCCAAGACUCCAAAUACAAAACAGAGCCAUGGAGAUAAUCAAAAAAGGAAAUCUUUAUCAAAUAAUGAAAAUAGAUCUGAGGCACAUGUUACACCAGGUACAAACACAACAGGAAAAAGUUCAAAUACUAAUCGUCUAUCAGAGAGCAAUGCUGAUGAAAGUAGGAAGAAGAGAAACUCGAACAAGAGUAAACCUGCAGAAAUGCAAGAGACACCACGUACCACCAGCAGUGCUCGAGAACAGCGUAAAAGCAUCGUACAAAUGUCUGCAGUAAGAACACCAGUGUCUAACUCAAAUACCUCUGGUGAUAAAGACAAAUUAAGUGCAAGAACACCAGCCGCUACAGCUAAGUCUGGAACAGUUACUGAGGCCAGAACAUCACAGCCCAGUGUGUGUUCCUCAGUAGCUGCAGCAGGUAUCACUAAAACCCCUACCAAAGGUACAUCAGAACCUGUUUCAGACCAUGCGUUCAUUACACCAAAACCUGUCUCAGAACGUGUUUCAAAUUCUGGAGCUACCCUGAGGCGUAGUAACAGUCGUGCAGGUACCUCAUCUGAAACAGCUUCUACUAGCAAUCAUCCAAACACAAUAAAAAGUGCAGCAUCAAAGGAUAUACCUGAAACACCACGCACAAGUAGAAGGCAAAGUAUUCAGAUACAGAGUGACAGUUUAGACCUUGCAGGUAGCCACAGACUGGGUAAAGAGCAAACACAUACAAACAGUUCUCAAGAUAGUGACAUUUCAUCUCAUAACAGAAUAAGCACCAAUGGGGCUCCGUCUCCUGUCACUGGUUCCUUUGACAGCAAAAUUGCUAGCAAAGAAGAUGGAAAGGCCACUCCAAAGAAUAAAACACUAAAAGUAGGUGUGCAUUCAAGUAAUGAAAGUAGUUCUAAUGUUCAAGACAAACGGGGGGAAAACCAACAUAUGAAGGAAAAACACAAAGUAUCUGUUUCAAAUAAAUCUCGAUCUACUUCAAGUACAACGGAGAAGGAAUUAACAAAUCAUGGCCAUAAACGUGGUGUAAAGAGAACAGCAGUUUCACCUCCUGUGAGCCCGGAGAACAGUGUAACAGAUGACACUACCAGUGUAAAUCGAAGACGCAGGAAGAAAGAAAUUUCAACCCAGUCCUGAAACUUCAAGAACAUGAAUAUAAAUAUUAAGUUAUAGAAGUAAGCCAUUCAACGGAUAUUUGACUGAUGUUAUAUCGGUAAAUUAUGAACUUCUAAAAUCACUAAAUAAAAAUAUGACUUUUUGAUUUAGAUUACUUUAGAACAAUAUUUACGUAAAAGUUACGUAAAAGCAGUACUCUGUUGAAUUACUCAGCUUUCUUGUGAUUUACAUUUUGUUAUAUAUGUAAAGAAAACAGACUAUUAAAACAUUUUGUUAAGUUUACAGUAGUAACAGUUUCACAAAUAUUCCUUUAAAAUGUUUUAUAGUCAUAACAACUGCUCCAUUUUAGGCAGCAGACAGUCGGCAUCUAUAGAAAUUGCACUUGAAUCAUGGAAUUAUCAAUUAAUUAUAGAUAUUCCCAUCUUUCAUUAGUCAUAAUUUUAUUUUAAUUACAAAUAGCUAGGUUGUAUUUCUGAACAGUUGGAAGCACAGGCUGGCUGAUAAUGUCACAGAAUACUGUAUGUUCUCCAUUGGUCUUGUAAAAUAAAAGAUUUUGCCCUUCAGACUCUUUAUGAGGACAAGGAUGUAGAGUUGGUUUGUGGCCAGGAAGAGAUGAGGUAAAUGAAGGGAGAAAAUUAAUCAUAAAUAAACAAUACUUGGUACUCAGCAGUAUGCAAAAAGUAGGGUUAAAUCUUACUCAUGUUACUUUUAGUGUCCUAAUUUAUCUUAUUUAGAUUUUAUUUGAUGAUCAUUUGCAAUGCCCUACCACAAGAUUAGUAUUGUCUGUGAAAUACAGUAAUCAGAUUGUUGUAUUUUUUUUUUGUAUGGAACCUGUUGUACCUUUGGUGCUUGUAAAAAGGCUAUAUUAUUCCCAGUGUCCAUUUUCCAAAAGAUAAUUAGUUUUGUCUUGUGCCAUACCCUGAUUUUUCAGAAAUUAGUAGGUCGCUAUUUCUAAAGAAGUAUUAUGAAAAAAUGUUGGUACACAGAAGUUUGUAUUUUAUCAUAUUGCAAAACAAAUUUUAUUUCAUUGGAUAAAUAAUAAAGACUGCCUCCAUAGCCGAAUAGUUAUCAUCACUGCCGUCAUUGCUGAAGGUCCCAGGUUUGAUUCCAGUAACUCCUUGGAUGUUUUUGAGAUAGGGAGGUCUGGAAGGGGGUCCAUUCAGUCUCAUAAGACCAAAAGAAAAGAUGCUUGAAUAAAGAAGCAGUGGGAUCAUCAGGAUUCAUCAAGUUGUGAUAUUGGUGGGAGAAGUUGGUGACACGCUGAUCACAUGUCCCAUGUCUGUAGAUCUCUCCUCAUACUGCCAUGUAAGCUGCACUUGGAACAGGCUUAAGGUCUAAUCCAUGGGCAGUGAGUGGUGGACAGAAGAUGAAUAUAAAAAAUUACGUUACAUUGAAGAGUAAUGUGCUAUGGUGGUAUAAUGAAUGUAUCACUAUCAGUUAAAUCCCUUCCUGUGGCAAUAUUUGCUUUCAUCAUGACAUUUCUGUUGCACAUUUUCUUUGUGAAAAAGCUGUCGGGUUCCAGAUUAAAGAAUUUAUUUGCACUGUUACCAGUUCCAUUCUGGCCAACAGCGAUUUCAUAUUUUACAAUUGGACAUGUAAAUUAACCUCAAUAUGCCCAAAGGGAAAGGGGGUUUAUGUUUACACAAAAUUUUCCUCAAAUCUCCAUUUUUAUAAUCUCCAGAUUGUGAAUCUUUGGCUGUAAGUAUUGCCUACUUGUAUAUACAGUGAAGCUAAGCUGUUAAAUAUUUUAAACUGUACAUUUUUUUUUUAAUAAAAUUUUGUCUAGCCCAUAUAUGGGUGCUUUUUGUUUUAACUUAAUGCUAAUAGUAUAAUUCCAAUCCAGUUUC